AUAUUGAUAUUUAAUCGUCAUCUUUCUUAAAACGCGGGAACCGAAAGCGCGAAGUGUAUUUAUUAUUAUCGCGUAGCUUUGUUUUGAUAAGUUUUCUGUCAAAUUAAAAAUAAAUCUAGCCAAACUAUUUUGCUGUGAAAAAUGGACGUUACGAAUACACAAACUAAUUUUCAGCGGAAAAAAGAUGCUGUUGGGGAACAAGUUCAAAAAUUAUUCUUGGAUUUUUUAUCUGAGUAUAUGAAUGAUGAAGGUUUGCCAAAAUAUUUGGAAUAUAUAAAGGAUCUUUCUCGGCCAGAAAGGAAUACUUUGCAUGUGAGUUUUGAAGAUGUAAACAGAUAUAAUCAAGAUCUAGCUACCACAAUUCAAACAGAAUAUCACCGCGUAUAUCCUUAUUUAUGCCGUGCUACUAAAGUUUUCAUGCAUGAAAAAACUGCUUUUGAAGAUAAUGAUAAAGAGUUGUACAUCGGAUUUUGUGAUAUCCCUACCAGACACAAAAUUCGUGAACUCACAGCUUCUAAAAUUGGAACAUUGUUACGCAUUAGUGGUCAAGUUGUUCGAACACAUCCUGUUCAUCCAGAAUUGGUCAGUGGAACUUUUACUUGCUUGGAUUGUCAGACAGUCAUUAAAGAUGUUGAGCAGCAAUUUAGAUAUACGUUGCCUACUAUUUGUAGAAAUGUUGCUUGCAAUAACAGGUCACGUUUUCAAUUGGACGUCAGUAAAUCUAGAUUUGUAGAUUUUCAGAGAGUACGAAUUCAAGAAACUCAAGCUGAGCUUCCGAGAGGCAGUAUUCCUAGAAGCGUGGAGAUCAUUCUUAGAGCAGAGGCUGUUGAAAUGGCCCAACCUGGUGACAGGGUUGAUUUUAUUGGAACUUUAAUUGUAGUUCCUGAUGUUAGCCAGCUUUCUAUGCCAGGUGUAAGAACAGAAUCCAGUGCACGCCAUAAAGGCAGAGAAGGGUUUGAAACUGAAGGUGUCCGUGGUUUGAAAGCAUUGGGUGUUCGAGAAUUGUCUUAUAAAACUGCAUUUUUGGCAGCUACUGUUAUACCAACUGAGUUAAAGAUUAGUGCUGUGGAAAUGCUUGCAUCUGAACCUAUGAAAUCUACCGAGCUUCUGCAAAAGGAGCUGACUGGUCAAGAGUGGCAAAAGAUAUAUGAUAUGAGCCUUGAUAAGAAUCUUUAUCAAAAUUUAAUUAAAAGUCUUUUCCCUACAAUUCAUGGUAAUGAUGAAGUUAAAAGUGGAAUACUUUUGAUGAUGUUUGGUGGUGUUCCAAAAACAACAGCGGAAGGAACUUCACUUCGAGGAGAUGUUAAUAUUUGCAUUGUUGGUGACCCUAGCACUGCAAAAAGCCAGUUUCUUAAGCAAGUGUCAGAAUUCUCCCCUCGGGCUGUUUACACAAGUGGAAAAGCAUCCAGUGCAGCUGGUUUAACUGCUGCUGUGGCAAAAGAUGAAGAAUCUGGAGAAUUUGUGAUAGAAGCAGGAGCAUUGAUGUUAGCCGAUAAUGGUGUAUGCUGUAUUGAUGAAUUUGACAAAAUGGAAUUAAGAGAUCAAGUUGCUAUUCAUGAAGCUAUGGAACAGCAAACUAUUUCAAUAACAAAAGCUGGUGUUAAGGCCACAUUAAAUGCGCGAACAUCAAUUUUGGCUGCUGCUAAUCCUAUUGGAGGACGCUAUGAUCGUGCUAAGUCCUUGAAGCAAAACAUAGCGCUGACUGCUCCUAUUAUGUCCAGAUUUGAUUUGUUUUUUAUUUUAGUUGAUGAAUGUAGUGAGGUAACUGAUUAUGCUAUUGCCAGAAGAAUCGUCGAAUUACACCAGAAAUCAGAAGAAUCAAUUGAUAGAGUUUACACAUUAGAUGAAAUAUCUAAGUAUAUUACAUUUGCUCGUAAAUUUAAGCCAAAGAUAACGGAAGAAGCGCAAAAAUGUCUAGUUGAGCAUUAUCAGAAUUUACGUUUGAGAGAUGCAGCUGGUGUAACCAGAUCUUCUUGGCGUAUAACAGUUCGUCAGUUGGAAAGUUUGGUUCGUCUAUCUGAAGCUAUGGCAAAAAUGCAUUGCAGUGAAGAGGUAUAUGCCAAGCAUGUAAAAGAAGCAUUCCGCCUUUUGAAUAAAUCUAUAAUACGUGUGGAACAGCCUGAUAUUAAUUUGCAAGAAGAUGAAGCAGAUGCAAUGGAUGUUGAUGAAGAAACAGGUGAAACUCCUGAAAAUAACUUGCCAAGUUCAGAAGAUCCUCCAUCUGAAAGAGAGAGACCUCAAAAACUGACAUUGAGUUUUGAAGAAUAUAAAUCUCUCUCUAAUGUAUUAAUAACGUGUCUUCAAAAAGAAGAAAGUAAAUGUGAUGACACUGAUUUUGAAGGAAUGAGGAAAAGCCAGUUGGUCAACUGGUAUUUAAAAGAAAUUGAAAAUGAUAUUGAAACUGAGAAUGAGUUGAUACAAAAGAAACUGCUUGUUGAAAAAGUAAUCGACAGAUUGAUUCAUCAUGAUCAAGUUAUCAUUCCUCUCACAAAAUCAGGCCUCACAAGUGAUGGAGAACAAGAUGAAAAUGAUCCUAUUCUGGUAGUUCAUCCAAAUUAUGGGACUUUAGAGGUUUAAGUAGCAAGAAGUUUUCGAAUCAUUAGAUUAAAACUGCCCUGAACUCGUGAAAUAUUGUUAAAGUUCCUUUUAUCAUAAACUAAAUGAGCAUGUCAACAAUUUACGAAUUUGUUUAUUUAUAUUUAUUACAAUUAGAGUUAAUGUAUCUUUCCCACUUAAUGUGAUGUUGAAGAUUUGUAUUUUUAUAUUGUUAAGCAACUAAUUUGUGCUUAUAAGCAUGCAAUUAAUUAUUUUUACAGCUUUUAAUAAAUUUAAUCAUGAUCGCCAAAAAUGUGUUUACACUUAAAAUUUGUUUUCUUUAACUGUUUCAAUAGAGUACAGUGAAGUUAUCAGUGUAUUAUAUUUCAUCUUUCAAAUGUUAAACUUCAAAACUGGUUUAUACUACAAAUAGAAACUUUAAUGAUGUUUUUUUACAGUUGUGUAAAUAAAGAAAUUUGUAUUUUUAA